GGGAAAAUGAGCCAGAUUAACCAAUUUAACAAUCAUCACGAGGAGAAGUCCUGCAAGUUCUAGCUUUCACUAACCCCUAAUUAUCUACGAGUAGAAGUCCUUCCAUCAUCUUCUUCACUUCCCUCAUGUUUUUGUCAAUCUGAAACUUUUCUGCUCUGAGAAGUGAGAAUUCAACUAUAAUAUUCGACUAUAUAUCUAUAUGACUAUAUGCAUAUAUUCAUUCCUCUGUUUCAUGUAAUUCAGGAUUGUAUUGUUUUUUCACGCUUUAACUAUUAACAAUGGAAAGUUCCGAGAUUGAAGAACAUCUAUCCUCAAUUGGUGAGCCAAAGUUACAUGGAGGAAUGUGCAAGAGCCUAUUUGUGGUAUAUGCAAGAGUGUUAGGUAUAUUUCCAGAACUUGAAGCAGCGCGGCCUAGAAGCACUACAGGUAUUCAGGCUUUAUGUGCUUUGCACAUAGCACUUGAGAAGAUUAAGAAUAUCCUUCAACAUUGCGCUGAAUGCAGUAAACUUUACCUGGCAAUAACUGGGGACUCUGUUGUCCUUAAAUUUGAGAGAGCCAGGUGUGGACUUGAAGACAGUCUAAAUCGAGUUGAAGAUAUUGUUCCGCAAGCCAUUGGUUGUCAGAUAUCAGAUAUUUUAUAUGAACUCCGCGGGGUCGUCUUCACACUUGAUCCAAAUGAAAAACAAGUGGGUGAUGAGAUAAUUGCUCUUCUUCAACAAGGGGGGAAGUUUGAUAGCAACGGGAAUGACAACAAUGAACUCGAGUCUUUUUAUCUGGCUGCUUCUAAACUUGGUAUCACCUCAUCAAGAGCAGCCCUCAGAGAAAGAAGAGCUUUGAAAAAGCUCAUAGAAAGGGCACAGGGUGAAGAAGAUAAGAGAAAAGAGUCCAUUGUUGCAUACCUAUUGCUUCUAAUGAAAAAGUAUUCAAAGUCAUUUAGAAGUGAACUAUCUGAUGGAAAUGAUUCACAGGGGUCAACACCAUGUUCUCCAACUGUUCAAGGAUCUCUUGAAGGACAUGUACACGCCUUCGAUGUGCGAUUUUCAAAGCUAAGUUCUUUCAAUUUUAAACCUAUGAAAGUAGACCAGAUGAAUGUCAUCCCCCCUGAGGAGUUGAAGUGCCCAAUCUCAUUACAGCUCAUGUAUGACCCAGUGAUCAUUGCAUCUGGACAAACGUAUGAAAGAAUUUGUAUUGAGAAGUGGUUUAAUGAUGGGCACAAUACAUGCCCAAAAACUCAGCAGGAGCUUCCUCAUCUUGAUUUGACUCCUAAUUACUGUGUGAAAGGCCUGGUUUCUAGUUGGUGUGAACAGAAUAUGGUUCAUGCUCCAGAUGGCCCACCAGAGUCUCUUGAUCUUAACUAUUGGAGGCUCGCGUUGUCUGAAAGCGAAUUUGAGAAUUCCAAAUCAGUUGAAAGUGUGACUGGAUGUUGCAAGUUCAAGAGUGUUAAGGUGGCACCUUUGGAGGAAAGUGGUACUAUGGAGGAGGCUGAGAUUGACAACUCUGAACAGGAUGAUGAAUUCCUCAGAUAUGGGGAUUUUUUGACUGUUCUAUACCGCGACGAUAAUCUCAGGGAAAAAUGUGAAGUGGUAGAACAGAUGCGGCAUUUGCUAAAGGAUGAUGCAGAAAUCAGGAUUUAUAUGGGGGCAAAUGGCUAUAUUGAAGCUUUGCUGCAGUUCUUGGAGUCUGCUGUUGAAGCUAAGAAUGAGAUGGCUCAAGAAAUUGGUGCUAUGGCUCUCUUCAACCUUGGUGUAAAUAAUGACAGAAACAUUGAAAUGAUGCUAGCUGGGGGAGUACUUCAAUUGCUGGGGAAAAUGAUGACUAACUUAAGCUGCUGUGGAGCAGUCACUGCACUUUACGUGAACCUUUCCUCCCUUGAAGAAGCCAAGUCUGUGAUUGGAGCCAGUGAAGCUACACCCUUCUUGCUGCAGGUCCUUCAACAACAUGAUUCUGAUAUCCGGUGCAAAUUGGAUGCUCUCCAUGCCAUUUUCAACCUCUCCAACCAACCAAGUAAUGUAACACAUCUCCUGUCAGCCGGGAUCCUUGAUUGUCUUCUAGCCUCGAUGGCGUAUUCCGAUGACCAUAGUUGGACAGAAAAAUGCAUUGCUAUUCUGAUAAACUUGGCGUCCAGUAGUAAAGCUGUAAAAGACCAAAUGACAUCAGCUCCUGGCCUUAUCAGUAGGCUAGGAUCUAUUCUGGAAGUAGGUGGUGCAGUUGAACAGGAGCAAGCUGCUGCAUGUCUUUUGAUAUUGUGCACUGGAAGUGAGAAAUGCAGUGAGAUGGCGCUUCAAGAAGGAGUGAUACCUUAUUUGGUGUCAAUAUCAGUUAACGGGACAGUUAGAGGGAAACAAAAAGCUCAGAAGCUAUUGACGUUGUUUCGGGAGCAGCGACAGAAGGAGCAGCCGUCAACCAUUGUUAAAUUUAGUAGGCUACAGCCUCAGCUUAGUAGUGAUUUGGAUAUCUGCACUGAAAAUCCGAAGCCGUUGUCGAAGUCAGUUUCAUCAAGAAGAAAGUUGGAGAAGGCAUGGUCUUUCUUUCGAAAGAACAAGAGUAUUUCGGCGUAUCAAUGAUAUAAUCUUCUUACUAGUAUGUCAAUCUGUUCUUUUCUCCUUAUAUAUACCGGAAUAACCGGAGUAUAUAUAUUCUGUCCUAAUGGGCAUUAGGUUGUCAGCGUUAGAACUUUUUACAAGGGUGUAUUUACCAUGGUUUAUUUUUAUUACAAAACAAAAACAGAGAGGCAGCAUAUCUUGGUAAACUUGAAGUGAACUUUCUGGCUAUGGAAGUUCGAUGCAUAAAUCCAAAAUCCAUGGGAGUAUAUGACAUGUGGAAGUGAGUGUCCAUUUUCAUAGUCUAAGGAGUGCUCGGUUUUUAAUCUUAC